GGAAAGUGGUCAACAUAGCACAGAGGUCGUGCAGCCGUCAACAUGUAUUCAAUCACGGUGUUACUCUUGAUCAGUGUGCCAUUGAGUGUUGCCCUAGAACUGGUUAUACUCCACACCAAUGACUUUCAUGCACGGUUUCCAGAAAGUAACAAGUAUGGCGGGAGAUGCUCUGACGAGGAUAAACAGGAGGGUAAAUGUUACGGCGGUGCGGCAAGAUUCGUAACAAAAAUCAAUGAAUUGAAAGAACAACACGAUAAUGUAUUGGUCCUGGACGCUGGGGAUCAGUUUCAGGGUACUCUGUGGUUUUAUCAUUACCGUGGUGAUGCCGCUGCUCGCUUUAUGCAGACUAUAGGGUACGACGCGAUGGCACUUGGUAACCAUGAAUUUGACAACGGAAUCGACGGACUUCUUUCAUUUCUACGUCAAGUUAAUUUUCCAGUUCUCAGCAGUAAUAUAGACGCAGAUAACGAAGCCACAAUGCAGGGACAGUUCGAAAAAUCUACUGUUCUAACACUACCUAGUGGCGAUCGGAUAGGAAUCGUUGGUUACACAACCCAGGACGCACCCACACUGUCUUCGACUGAAAAUCUAAUCUUCAACCCUGAAGUGGAGUCAAUUCGUGCUGAAGUAGAACGUUUGAAGACUCAGGGAGUUAAUAAAAUCAUUGCACUGGGGCAUGCUGGAAUAAACAAAGAUCUAGACAUUGCUCGUAUGGUUGACGGAAUCGACAUCGUAGUUGGUGGACAUACCAAUACAUUCUUAUAUACAGGUGACCCGCCAUCAAACGAGGAUCCUUAUGACACCUAUCCAAUAGUCAUACACCCAGGCGAUGACGUCACACGUAAUGUACUUGUUGUGCAGGAUUAUGCGUUUGGUAAAUAUCUUGGUUAUCUACAAGUGACCUUUGACACCGAAGGUGACGUCACCGAGUGGAGUGGUAACCCAAUUUUAUUAGACGACAGUGUCGAACAAGAUGCGGUGACCUUAGCGGAAAUUGAAGAGUGGGCGGAGCCGAUAUUCAACAUAACAUCGGAUAUCAUCGGGAAAACACAUGUCUUCCUGGAUGGGCAACGAGAUCAUUGUCGUCUGAAGGAAUGUAACCUUGGCAACCUGAUCGCUGACGCAAUGGUUCAUCAAAACAUAAAACACCCGGAUGAGACUAGAUGGAACCACGUCAGCAUUGCUCUCAUGAAUGGAGGAGGGAUACGCGAUUCUGUAGAUGUGGCAGCCAAUGGAGUCGGUAUAUUGACAGUAGGCGAUAUACUGAAUAUCCAGCCAUUUAGGAAUACUUUGGACUUAAUAGACAUUACUGGAGCCACACUAAUCAAAGUAUUAGAAUGGUCUGUCUCCGACAUUAAUCCCGAUGAGCCCAGCGGACGAUUUUUACAAGUGUCUGGUUUGUUGGUGAACUAUGACCUCGAUGCACCAGUCGGUAGUCGUGUUAAAAGUUUAGAGGCCAAGUGCACAGAAUGCAAAGUGCCAGAAUUCAUAGCGGUGGACCGGGACUCUGUAUAUACAAUUAUUGUACCAACGUUUAUAGCCAAUGGCGGAGACGGAUACGACAUGUUGGUUGAUGAACGUAUUAGGUAUCACAUUCCAGGUGACUUGGAUAGUGAUGUACUGAUAGAAUAUAUCGAAUCGCAGUCACCGAUCACUAAAGGGCUGGAACGCAGAAUCACCUUUGGCGACCCAUGCAACAUUAGUUUAGCAUCGCAAUUGAAAGGGACGUUUCUUUCUGUGCCACUGUUUGUAUUCCUUGUAUUUUUAUUUCGAGACUGAAUGUGUUUUCAAAAUUAAGAUAUAGUUAUACUGACACAGUGAUACAAAACUUUCUGAAUUCCCGAUUUUAUACACCAAUGUGAAGUCAUUAAAUAUUCAUUUGAAUUCCAUACAUAAGUUAUAGUGGUAUACAUAGUAACAUACUUCUACACUUUAUUACGCCAGCAGAAAAAAACGAUCACCAUGUAGAUGUUAUGCUGGUAUGAAUGUAAACUGGUUUUGAUGAUUUUAUAAAAUAAGCAUAUUAUAUUAUACUAUGACGUC